AUGAUGGCAGUCGGUCCCCGCGCUUCGCGGCGAGGAGCCGCGGAGGUCCCAAGGCGGCUGCUGCCAUCGCAUCGCCAUGCGACCGCCGCCGUGUCGGCGGCCUUCGCGCUUUUGCCCACAGCUCCUGGCCGUCCGUUCUUCUCGCUCUCCGCCUGCCCCACCCAAUCAGCGUCCGCCAUUUGUCCGUCAGCCGCGUCGCCUUCAGCCGCCGCGUCCUCCGCCGUGCCGUCCAGCCCCGCCAGCCCCGCCAGUUCCGCCAGUUCCGCCAGUUCCGCCAGUUCCGCCAGGCGCGUGCCGUUCUCCCCCGUUCCCCGCGUGGCCGCGAUUGGCGGCGACGUGGACGUGCGCGGCGCGGCGUUCCGACUGCGAGAGAAAGCGAUGGAGAGAUUGCUCGGCGAGCUGCGACAGGCGACGGACACGGUGCUGCAGGGGGGUGGUCCCAAGGCGGUGCAGCGGCAGCACAGCCGCGGCAAGCUACUGCCCCGCGAGAGAAUCGACCGCCUGCUCGACCCCGCCUCGCCCUUCCUCGAACUCUCCCAGCUGGCGGGCAUGGGGGUGUAUGGGGAGGAGGAGGUGCCGGGGGGGGGCAUCGUGACGGGGCUAGGGCGGGUGGGCGGGCGGGUGAGUGUGAUAGUGGCGAACGACGCUACAGUGAAGGGCGGCACGUACUACCCCAUCACAGUGAAGAAGCACCUCAGGGCGCAGGAGAUCGCUGCUCAGUGCCGCCUGCCCUGCAUCUACCUCGUUGACAGCGGGGGUGCCAACCUGCCACGGCAGGCGGACGUGUUUCCCGACCGCGACCACUUCGGCGCAUCUUCUUCAACCAGCGCUUAUAAUGCACGUGUAGGCUGUAGUCUCUCCUUCUCCCUUCAACCCCAUCUCGCCCCAAACAUCACCUGCUUUCUUCUCGCUCAUUCUUCCAACGCGCGCAUGUCACUGGAUGGCAUACCGCAGAUCGCAGUAGUGAUGGGGAGCUGCACGGCGGGGGGGGCGUACGUGCCGGCCAUGGCGGACGAGAGCAUCAUCGUGCACCGCCAGGGCACCAUCUUCCUCGGAGGACCGCCACUUGUCAAGGGGUGCCUGUGCCGUACUUGCUUAGUCUGCCCAACAACUAACAAAGCGGCCACAGGAGAGGAGGUGACAGCAGAGGCGCUGGGGGGAGGGGCGGUGCACAGCCGGGUGUCAGGGGUGACCGACCACCUCGCCUGUGACGAGCUGCACGCCAUGACCAUCGCCAGGCGCAUUCUCGCCUCACUGCCCUCCCCCCACCCCGCCUCCUCCUCCGCCUCUCCCGCCCUCCCACCGCUCCCCUCGCCCCUGUCCCCCCGUGCGUGGGAGGAGCCGCUCUUCCCUGCGGAGCAGCUGAGGGGGCUGGCGCCCAUAGUGGGGGGGGAGGGGCGCAAGGGUGAGGGCGAGGGGGGGGAGGAGGAGGGGGCGGCGGAGGCAAGGGGGGUGGACAUGCGGGAGGUGAUAGCGCGGAUCGUGGAUGACAGCCAUUUCGAUGAGUUCAAGCGCCUCUAUGGCUCCUCACUGGUGUGUGGGUUUGCGCGCGUGCAUGGUCGGGAGGUGGGCGUGGUGGCGAACAACGGAGUGUUGGUGGUGGACGCGGCUCUCAAGGGCGCGCACUUGGUGCAGCUGUGUGACCAACGGCGCGUGCCCCUGCUCUUCCUGCACAACAUCUCCGGCUUCAUGGUGGGGCGGGCAGCAGAGAGUGCGGGCAUAGCCAAGGCAGGGGCCAAGAUGGUCAUGGCUGUUGCAUGUGCACAGGUGCCCAAGAUAUCGCUGGUGGUGGGCGGCAGCUUUGGGGCGGGCAACUACGGCAUGUGUGGCCGCGCCUACUCGCCCAACUUCCUCUUCCUCUGGCCCUCCGCGCGCAUCUCAGUCAUGGGCGGCCAACAGGCGGCAGGGGUGUUGGCGCAAGUGGAGGACAAGCGAGCCCGUGAUGGCACUCCGUGGGGCGAGGAGGAGCAGAGGGAGUUCAAGCAGGGCAUAGAGCAGCGGUACGACAGUGAGGGAUCAGCGUUCUUCUCCACGGCGCGGCUGUGGGACGACGGCAUCAUCGACCCCGCCCACUCCCGCACCGUGCUUGCUCUCGCCCUCGCUGCCACUGAAGCCGGCAUGCCCGCUGCACACGCGCCUGCGGAGACUGGUCCCAGAUAUGGAGUGUUUCGCAUGUGA